UCUCGGUGAAAAGGGAAAUGAUUAUUGUGAGUGCCAAACCCCAUGCAAUUUGACCCGUUACAACAAGGAACUGUCCAUGGUUAAGAUCCCCAGCAAGACCUCGGCUAAAUACCUUGAGAAGAAGUUUAACAAGUCAGAGAAAUAUAUCUCGGAGAAUAUACUUGUACUGGAUAUAUUCUUCGAAGCUCUUAACUAUGAGACCAUUGAGCAGAGGAAAGCAUAUGAAGUGGCAGCGUUACUUGGUGAUAUUGGGGGUCAGAUGGGUCUUUUUAUUGGUGCUAGUAUCCUCACUAUUCUGGAAGUAUUUGACUAUAUUUAUGAG